AUGGGUGGCACGGCACCGGAAACGACUUGGAGACGAGAACACGUCACCGUUUUGCCAGAUGUCGGUUCAGUUGCUCAACUGCAACUGCUAACGAACUCGUCAAAGCUGAAUUCGAAACGUCUUCGAUGUCAGCUUCGAGUCGACACUUGCCCGGGUUGUCAAUUGCGAAUCGACUACAGCUCACCUUUCUCAUUUCUUGGUUUUAUGCAAAUAGGGAUGUAUUCCUCUUGUGUUUCAUCCGAGAAUUGUCUUGAUAUUCGAAUCAUUGAAGAUCGAGCCGAUUGGGUGCUCGAUUCGCCGUACAGUAUUCAUCAAAUUUUGGCCUCACAAAAUAACUCGUUUACCUCAACGGGUCCAUCGAUUCGAAUCAUUGCGACAAUUAUUUAUGAAAAUGCGACCGAUCUCGAAGAGUACAUCAAUGCUUUGUUUCCGUUGAAAAUCUCUGUUUUAAACGCGACCGAGGUAAUUCGUGGGUGUUGCUCGAUCGAAUCAACAAUUGGAUACAUUCAGAGUCCAAGAUAUCCAGCUGCUUAUCCCCGGUCUAUGGAAAAGAAAUGGAUUCUUGAAAAUAAGCGUUCUGAUGGUUUCAUUCGUUUGAUCUUCGACGACUUUCAAAUUGUCGAUUCCGAUGGAAAAGAGCUCAUUUCGACGCGCCGAAACUUUCGUCGACCGCCAGCUAUCGUUUCUGUUGGGCCAAGGUUGGAGAUCUCGUUGAGCGCUCGAGAUUUCACGCAAAUGAUUGGUUUCCGGGCCAGAUAUGAGUUCGUCGAGAAUCGCGAGUGGCCAGAUCAACCGUCGGAGAGCAACUGCGAUGACGUUUUCGACGGCUAUGGUGGAAUCGUUACUUGGGAAGGAAAAGAGCCAUUGACGGGCUCAUUUCUCGAUUGUGUUUGGAUUAUCGGAAGACUGGGAAGAAGACUCUUUGAUCGAGUUUAUCUCAAGGUGGAAGAGUUCGAUGUGCCCGGGAUGGGUGUUCAGCUAGAGAUUCGUGAAGGACCGACGUCGAUCGGGGAACGAGUAUUGCUGUUGAAUGGAGCGCAAGCUGGUGAACAACUCUCUCAUCGUCAACCCCGUCACGGCUUCACCUCAUCGCUAAGCCAACCGGCUUUCUACAUCCGUUUUCGGGGAUAUUUGAUUGAAGCAACUGGUCUAAACAUUGCCUACGCUCAAUUCUAUCGAUGGGCUACAGCGCUAUGCCCGGCGCCCGCCGAAUGGCAUUGUGACAAUAGCCGAUGCAUUAAGGCCUCUUUACGAUGCGAUGGGGUUGAUCAUUGCGGCGAUGGGUCGGAUGAGGGCUGCGAUUUGCAGGAGACAGCAAUUAUUGGCAGCUCCGAAGAUACGACACAUUUGGCGCUGUUCGUUGUCUCAGCCUGUGCAUUGUUGAUUUUGUUGCUUUUGGCGACUGGAUUCGCGUCAAGAAUCUUCAGAAAUCGUCUCACUCACCACUCAACACCAUCACAAAAUAUUUCAACAAUCAGUUCGGAAUCGGGUCCAUCCGAUCUCCUGUCCGCUAAUGCUACCGGUUUAGCUCCAAUGAUGACCGUAGUUGGACAGAGACGAUUUUACGUAGCUCCAUUGAACGAUUUGACAGUCAUCGAAGCACCGCCCACCUAUGAUGAUGCUUUAAAACAUCCACAAGUGAACAGCAGAAUAGCGAUUCCGAGUACUAUUGCCUAUACAAAUCAAGCUUUUACGGUGGAGAGCCCUUCCUAUCAACCAAAUCAAUCACCACCACAAGUACGAGCUGAAAUCGUGGAAACUUCGGGAAACUUCGGAGAGAAUCGUGAUGAGAUUGAGAGUGAGAAAUCAUCUUCAUCAAAAGAAAGCACACCACCGAUUGGAUCGCCGAGAAAUGAGAGAUCUUCAACACCGACUCUGACAAAUGAAGUGGAGAAAGAGGAGGAAGAGGGAGAGGGAGAGGGACAGGGAGAGGGAGAGGGGGAGGAAGAGGAAGAGAAAGAGGAAGAGGAAGAGGAAGAGCUUGGUUCCUGGGUU